AUGCAGGCUGCUGGGCUGGAUCCCCCUGAAAACAGAGGUUCCCCCUUCCAGGCUGCGAUGGGCGCCAACGGCUCAUGGGACAAUGGCAGCAGGUCCCGCGUCAGCCCCCCUGAGCCACCGACAGCCCUCUAUGGGCUCCUGCCAGCAGUAUACUCCCUGAUCUGUGCCAUAGGGCUGACAGGCAACACAGCGGUCAUCUACGUGACCCUGAGGGUGCCCAAAAUGAAAACAGUGACCAACGCGUUCAUCCUGAACCUGGCCGUCGCCAACGGUCUCUUCACGCUGGUGCUGCCCGUCAACAUUGCGGAGCACCUGCUGCAAUGCUGGCCCUUCAGGGAGCUGCCGUGCAAACUGGUGCUGGUCACCGCCCACUACAACAUCUCCAGCACCGACUUCCUGGCCACCAUGAACGUGGACCGCUACCUGGUGGUGCUGGCCACCACACAGUCCCGCCACGUGCCCCAGCGCACCCCGGGCACCGAGAUCACCAGCCUGUGCGUCUGGAUGGAUGUCACCGUCAUGGUCCUGCCCUUCGUCGCCUUUGCCGGGGGCUACAGCAACGAGCUGCAGGUCACGAGCUGCGGGCUGAGCUUCCCCCAGCCUGAGAGGGCCUGGUUCAAGGCCAGCCGCAUCUACGUGCUGGUCCUGGGCUUCGUGGUGCCCGUGUGCACCCUCUGCGCGCUCCACGUGGACCUGCUACGUCGGCUGUGGGCCCUGCAGCUCCACUCCAGAGCCAAAGCUCUGGGCAAAGCCAAGCAGAAGGUGACCACCCUGAUCCUGGCUGUGCUGGCUGUCGGACUGCUCUGCUGGAUGCCCUUCCACCUGGCCUCCAUCGUGGCCCUGACCACAGACCUGCCCCAGACGUCCCUGGGCAUCAGCAUCUCCUACGUCACCAGCCUCAGCUAUGCCAGCUCCUGUCUCAACCCUUGCCUCUAUGCCUUCCUGGAUGAGAGCUUCUGAAACAGCUUCCGGAGCACAUUCCGAUGCCCAGGGGCCUGA